UGAACUUCGAAGCAUAAUUGAAGAGCCAUGCAAAAAUAUUAGCUUGGAAUGUGGUAAAGCACUGAAAGAAUCAUCAUUGAUAGUUGAAAAAAUGGCCAAGUCAUUAGCACCAAAUCUCCAUGUCAGACAUGCUAAAAAUGCUGUUGAGUCUCUUAAAUCGGUUCUAAGAGCAAAUCCAUGGGAAGAAGUUGAUCCAAUGGAGAUAGUGCCAGCAGCUACAGUGGCAUCACUGCUAAUAGACAUUGUUAUUUGCGUUGAGAACAUUUGUGAAGCUGUUGAUGAACUAGCAACCCUUGCAAAUUUUGUGCCUCAUCGUGGAAUUGUGCAACCAAUUACUAGUUCUGAUGAUGAUGAUUCGACUCAUGUAAUCACAGUUAACGAGUAACCACCGAGAUUACAAGAAAGGAAUAAUAUUUAGUGGAGUAAAACACUGCAUUGAUCUGAUAAGUUUUCUUAUA